ACAGACGCACCGGGCUGCGGACUGGAGCGGAGGCUGCAAUCCCCAGACGCCCGUGCUGCGGGCUGGGCUCUCCCCCAUUCCCUUCCUGCCUCCCUCGCUCCUUCGCCGUCUUUCUGGAUUUUACUGGCUGUUCGUGAAACAGCCGUACACACAACGGCUCUCCACGUCCCCGUGCAGGAAGUGCUCACGGACUGAUAUGGCAGACUUUGCUUCCCGGCAAAACAAAAGAACUCUACUCCUACUCAUGAAGGCAAACACUAAGGAUGCUUUCCACACGAACCCCAAAGUGAACCUCUGAUACAUUUCCUGUAGCAAGAAAAGGGAGCCAACAUGAAGGAAAAUGUGGUAUCCACAACUGUUUUCAUUCUGCUACUUUUACUCAACACCAGUCUUCUGAAUGGACAGUCAGCUCCUGGAAAACCUGAGAUCUCUAAAUGUCGUUCUCCCGAAAAGGAAACAUUCACCUGCUGGUGGAAGCCAGGGACAGAUGGAGGACUUCCCACCAAUUACACGCUGAUGUACCACAAGGAAGGUGAGACAUUCACCCAUGAAUGUCCAGACUACAAAACCAGUGGCCCCAACUCCUGCUACUUCAGCAAGAAGCAUACCUCCAUAUGGAAAAUGUACAUCAUCGUGGUGAACGCCACCAACCAGAUGGGAAGCAGUUCCUCAGACCCACUUUAUGUGGACGUGACUUACAUAGUUGAACCAGACCCUCCUGUGAACCUGACUUUGGAAAUAAAACAGCCAGAAGACAGAAAACCGUAUCUGUGGAUGAAAUGGUUUCCACCCACCCUGGUUGAUGUAAGAUCUGGUUGGCUCACACUCCAGUACGAAAUCAGAUUAAAACCCGAAAAAGCAGCUGAAUGGGAGACCCACUUUGCUGGGCAGCAAACACAGUUUAAGAUUCUCAGCUUAUAUCCAGGACAGAAGUAUGUUGUCCAGGUUCGCUGCAAGCCAGACCAUGGAUACUGGAGUGAGUGGAGCCCAGAGAGCUCCAUCCAGAUACCUAGUGACUACACCAUGAGAGAUACAACCAUGUGGAUCUUUGUGGCCAUUCUUUCUACUGUCAUCUCUUUGAUGGUUGUCUGGGCAGUGGCUCUGAAGGGCUAUAGCAUGGUGACCUGCAUCUUUCCACCAGUUCCUGGGCCAAAAAUAAAAGGAUUUGAUACUCAUCUGCUGGAGAAGGGAAAGUCUGAAGAACUACUGAGUGCCUUGGGAUGCCAAGACUUUCCUGCCACUUCUGACUGUGAAGACUUGCUGGUGGAGUUUUUAGAAGUAGAUGACAGUGAGGACCAGCAGCUAAUGCCAGCCCAUUCAAAAGAACACCCAGGUCAAGGUGUGAAACUCCCACACCUGGAUCCUGACAAUGACUCUGGCCGGGGAAGCUGUGACAGCCCUUCCCUUUUGUCUGAAAAGUGUGAGGAACCCCGGGCCAAUCCCCCCACGUUCCAAGCUCCCGAGGUCAUUGAGAAGCCAGAGAAUCCUGAAACAAAUAUUACCCGUACCUGGGACGCCCAGGGCAUCAGUGUGAAAGGCAGAAUCCCCUACUUUCAUGCUGGUGGAUCCAAAUCUUCAACAUGGCCUUUACCGCCAUCCAGCCAGCACAACCCCAGGUCCUCCUAUCACAACAUUGCUGACGUGUGUAAGUUGGCUGUGGGCCCUGCUGGUGCACCAGCCACUUUGUUGGACAAAGCAGGUAAAGAUGCUGUAAAAUCUUCUAAAACCAUUAAGACUGGAGAGGAGGACAAGGCAGCCGAGCAGGGGGAGGUGGAAAGCUCCCAUUCCAAGACUGACCAAGACACGGCUUGGCUGCUGCCCCAGGAGAAGACCCCCUUUCUCUCCACUAAACCCUUGGAUUAUGUGGAGAUUCACAAGGUCAACAAAGAUGGAGCACUGUCCUUGCUACCAAAACAGAAAGAGAACAGCGACCGUGCAGAGAAGCCCGGGGCUCCCGAAAUCAGCAAGGAGUAUGCGAAGGUGUCCAGAGUUAUGGAUAACAACAUGCUGGUGUUGGUGCAAGAUCCACGAGCUGAAAAUGAGGGUUUGUUUGAAGAAUCAGCUAAGGAGGCUCCGCCAUCACUUGCACAGAAUCAAGCUGAGAAAGACUUGGCCUUCUUCACUGCGACACCAAGCACCUACAGGCUCCAGCUGGGUGGGUUGGAUUACCUGGAUCCUGCAUGUUGUAUGCACCCCUUUCAUUGAUAGCUUAACUGAUGGAAUGAUUGGUUAGAAUGUGAUUUUUCUUCAGGUAACACUACAGAGUACAUACAAUGAAAUCUCUAGAGAAUGCUGGAGAAUGCAGUCAGAUUGACACUACUCAAUCUCACAGCUCCUUUUCAUGCUCCAUUUUCAACCACUUGCCUCUUUCUCCAACAGCUGAUUCCAGAACAAAUCAUUCUGUUUCCUAACUGUGAUAUGUAGAUUUAUUUGUUUUGCUAUUAGUUAUAAAAUUAUGUGUUCAAUGAAAUAAAAGCACAUUGCUUAGUGUUCUUGAGGGACAAUGCCUAUAGGUAUAUCCUCUGGAAAAGGCUUUCAUGGUUUGGGAUGUGACAGAUAGAAAUGAAAUUGUCAAAAUUGUUUACCACAGGAAGAUGACAGAUAAGUGGAAAAUGCCACGAAAACUGAUUUUGAAAGCCAAUUGCUGAACCUUUACGUUCCUCUUUCAUUUUAUUAGGAUUACCCAAAUAUAACAUAUUUGAAAAAAGAAUGCAUUCCAGAAUACCUGACAAAUUAUUUACAUCAGUUCCUAUGCUUUGCAAAUACGUUGCCAUAUGCAAGUAA